AUGCAUGCAACCACCCACCCAAUCACACAUCCAACAACACAUUCAGAAACAGAUGAAACCACCCGCAGACGUCGAAGACCCAAACCAUCUUUAACCACCCAUGAUACAACACAUCCAACAACACAUCCAACUACACGAUCUACUACCCAUUCAAAGACGCAUCCAACGACGCAUUCCCCAGUACACUCAACAACUAAACGUACCAAACAUACAACAAAACAUUAUAAAGAUGAUAGUGACUCGUAUGAACCUCGUUAUUUUAAUAAACAUCGUAGUGGAUAUAAUAAAAAAAAAGAAAGUAAUUAUGAUACAGAUGAUGAAUAUGUUUCUGGUAACAACGAUGGAUAUCCGGAUGAUUAUCAUGUUGUAGGUCAUCAUGGAAUAUCUCCACUUGAAUAUGGUCAAGAUGUUGGUGAUUUUGGACCAGUCUAUGAUAAUAAAAGAGAUAUGUAUGAAGAAAUAAAUGUUUGGAUUUCUUCUGAUGAUGACUGGGAAACUGAAUCACGAGAAACAUAUCGAGAUAAAUCUGAUAAAAAAUACAACAAAGGUAAUAAUUAUGAUGACAAAAAAUAUAGCAAAGACGAUAAGUAUGAUGAUAAAAAAUCCAAUAAAGGUGAUAACUAUGGUUCAAAAAAGUACAACAAAGAUGAUAACUCUGAUGAAAAGAAAUACAAUAAAGGAGACAACUAUGACACCAAAAAAUCCAACAAAGGUGAUAACUAUAAUGAUAAAAAAUCCAACAAAGGAAACAACUAUGAUACCAAAAAGUACAACAAAGGUGAUAACUCGGAUGAAAAGAAAUACAACAAAGGAGACAAUUAUGGUACAAAAAAAUACAACAAAGGUAAUGAUUACAGUAGC